AUGGCUUAUUUCCAGAAACUUGUACAGCAUGGAAGUUAUAAUAUUCUUAGUAAAUUUUAUAAUCAAAUAGGUCAUGAAGAUAUACAAAAACCAAUAUUUAUUGGUGGGUGUUCAUUUUAUAUUCUUGGAGUAGAAUUUAAAACUAAACAAAUGGAUAAACAAUUAGCAGAACAACCACCAGAAGUUUAUCUUCAGUACAGUUCAGCACCAGCAUUUUUUCGAAUAUCAAAUUUAUUUUGGAUGACAUACCGUUCAGGGUAUGAAAAAUUACCAAAUUCAUCAUUAACAACUGAUGUAGGAUGGGGGUGUACUAUUCGUGCUAUGCAAAUGAUGAUAGCUAAUGCAAUGGAAACAAUUGUAUAUUCCGGUGCUCUUAAUAAUACACAAACACCAUACAUCCCAACAAAAGAAGAAAUAAUGAAUGUAUUAGUUCCAUUUAUUGAUUCACCUAAUUCAACAACUCCACUAUCAAUUCAUCAUGUUUAUGAAUCUCGUUUUGUAGUAGAAAAAAAUAAGUCUGGAGUAAACUAUUUAGCUCCAUCAGUUGUUGCAAAAGCUUAUUCAGGUCUUGUUAAUUCAUGGAAAUUAUGUCCUAUUAGAUGUGUUAUGUGUUCAAAUGUUUCAAUACCAACUCAUGAAUUAAGUAAACUUCCUUUUAAACCAACUCUUGUAUUUCUUCCUAUUGUAUUAAAUCAUUUAAUUCAUUCGAAAUUACAGCAAAUUUAUAAAUCAAAAUUGUUUGCUGGUAUUGUUGGUGGAAUGGGAGACAGAGCAAUUUUUGUUUUUGGAUUUCAUGCAUUACAAUUUCUUUAUCUUGACCCACAUAUUGUACAACCAUCAUUUAAAUCAUUUACUGAAAUAGACACAAAAUCUUAUUCUCCAAUUAGUACAAAUAGAUUUAGUGUUCAUACAAUAGAUCCAACUAAAUUAGAUGAUUUUUGUACUUUCGGAUUUCUUAUUAAAAACUUUCACGAAAUUGAUGAUUUUAUGAAGUUCGCAAAAGAAGUUUUUGAGAUAUCAAAUGAUAAAGAAUUGAGAACUUCUCAUGAUUUAAAUGGUUUUGAAGUAUUAGAUUUUUAG